AUGACAUUCUUACCGAGCGCCAGUGACCAGCCAAGGCAGCGUUACAAUUACAUUGUACUUAUUUCUAGAAUCUUGGUGGAGUAUUUUGAUUCCCUCCAACCACUGAACAAUGCAUGCAUACAGCAUAUGCCCCAUAAGUACACCGAAGAAAUGUCUAAGAAGUCUCUAAAGGUAAUCAAUAAGCAAAUUGCAUGUAUCAAUGAAAAUGCUUGUCUUUUUUUGUUUGUUUGUUCAAUUAUAUUUUUGAAGCAGUAUAUAUAUUAUUGUACCGAUUUACAUUUUUUUUUUUUAAUUUUUCUAUUUGGUCUUUCAAACAUAAAAUUGUCAAUUGAUUGACCUGUAAAUUGAAAGAAUAAUUUCACCAUCAACUCCUGAUUCUUUUAGUUUUGUAUGUUAUUGGGAGAAGUUUUAAAAAAAAUUAAUGAGAUUCUUGUUCAGCCUGUGCAAAUAAAUAAAACUUAGUAAAGAGAAAGACCCACUCUCCUUUACAGUUUAUGAUUACCGGAUGUGUUGAGAUUUUGUGGAAUAGGAUAUUUACUCUAAACAAAUACUUUCUGUUAGGUCCAUCUAGGUGUUAUUUUCAAGAAUGAAAACAAGAAUGAAGACAUGCUCUCUAUCAUACAACAGGUUCAUACGUAUCUUCCUCAUUCACCUGAUAAUGGAUGCGACUCACGACUAUUCUCUGGAGAUCAACUCACUGUUGAGAGGGCAGUCAACAUUAUCUCCUCAGUUCCUGAUGGUUACACACCGAAAGAUCGUUUAGACAGAAUUACCUUACAACUGGGAGAUUGG